GACAGCUCAUUUCCCCAGCUCCCGCCUCACUGCUCAGACGUCUGGCGAGGGUCCUGCGCCGGUUCAGCCAUGGGCUGGGUGCUGUGCGGGCUCCUGCUCGCCUGGAUGUCGGUGGCUGGGGUGAGAGGCGCUGAGUGGUCCCAGGAGCUCUCCUCCUCUGUGGGGUUUCCAGAGUGCAAGAGGGCCCUGAAGCUCCCAAGUCUGGAAGUCUUACCAGGGGGAGGCUGGGAUAACCUCAGGAAUUUGGAUAUGGGCAGAGUCAUCAACCUGGGCUACUCGCUGUGCAAGACCACAGAAGAUGGAUCUUAUAUCAUCCCAGAUGAGAUCUUCACUAUCCCUCGCAAGCAGAGCAACCUGGACAUCAACUCUGAGAUCAUCGAGUCCUGGAAAGAUUACCAAAGCAUCACCUCUGCCUCCAUCAACCUGGAGCUGUCCCUCUUCUCCUCCAUCAAUGGCAAGUUCUCCUAUGACUUCCACCGGACCAAGACCCACCAAGUGAAAGACCGUGCUGUCACCACCCGAGUGCAAGUCAGGAACCUGGUUUACACUGCCAAGAUCGACCCAGGGGCGGUCCUGGACAAGGGCUUCAAGAAGCAGCUGCUGACAAUUGCCAGCCACCUGGAGAAUAACCAGACACGGAUGGCUGAUUUUCUGGCUGAGGUGCUGGUGCUUAACUAUGGCACCCACACCAUCACCUCCGUGGAUGCCGGAGCCAGCUUGGUGCAGGAGGAUCAGAUCAAGGCAACCUUCCUGAAGGACAGCUGGGCCACCCGGAGUGCUGUCACCACCUCGGCUGGCGUGGCCUUCCACAGCAUCAUCGGUGUAAAAAGUGAGGAGUCCCUGGAUGUCACCUCUGACCUCACCAAGCAGUAUAUGGGGAACCGCACCAAUUCCAGGGUGGAGAGCAUCGGCGGGACCCCCUUUUACCCAGGCAUCACCCUCAAGACCUGGCAGGAGGGGAUCAGAAACCAGCUGGUGGCUCUCGACCGCUCAGGACUGCCCCUGUACUUUUUCAUCAACCCCAGCACCCUGCCAGAGCUGCCCACCCCCACGGUGAAGAAGCUGGCCAGGCGAGUGGAGCUGGCUAUUCGCCGCUACUACACCUUCAACACCUACCCAGGCUGCACCGAUGCCACGUCAGCCAACUUCAACUUCCAUGCCAAUGCCGAUGAUGGGUCCUGCGAGGGUGCCAUGACCAACUUCACCUUCGGAGGAGUCUUCCAGGAGUGUGCCAGGCUGGCCGGCCCCGACACCAGCACGCUGUGCCAGGGGCUGGAGCAGAGGAACCCACUUACUGGGGCUUUCUCCUGCCCCACCACCUACACUCCGGUGCUGCUGGGCGUGCAGGAGCGGGAGGAAGGCCACAGCCAUCUGGAGUGCCACAAGAAGUGCACCCUGGGCAUCUUCUGCCACCGCGAGUGCAGGGACGUCUUCUGGCUCUCCCGGGUGCAAUUCAGCGCCUACUGGUGUGCUAUGAGUGGGCCAGUGGCUCCAAACUCGGGCUAUCUCUUUGGGGGGCUGUUCAGCGCCCACAGCGCCAACUCCAUCACUGGUGCCCAGUCCUGCCCCUCAGGGUACUUUCCACUGAAGCUCUUCGACGAGCUCAGGGUGUGCGUGAGCCAGGAUUACGAGCAGGGCAGCCAGUACGCGGUGCCCUUUGGGGGCUUCUUCAGCUGCCAGGCAGGGAACCCCUUGGCGGGGCGGCACCAGGGCACUGCCGAGGACCCCUAUGCCAAGAGCUGCCCCCCAGGCUUCAGCCAGCACUUGGCGCUCAUCAGCGAUAGCUGCCAGGUGGAGUACUGUGUCCAGGCUGGCAUCUUCACAGGGGGCUCACUGCCGCCCGCCCGCCUGCCACCCUUCACCCGGCCCCCCACCAACCUGCCGACCAUCAACACUGUGCUGGUGAGCAGCGGGGAUGGGGACAACACCUGGGUCAGGGACGGGCAGAGCCACGCGUGGCGGCUGGCCGGGCCAGAAGAGAUGCAGCACGCAGCAGAGAUGGUGAAGGGCCAGGGGCUGACGGGGGGCAAGAUAGCUGGCGUCACCGUGGCAGUCCUGGCAGGGCUGGCCACCAUCCUGGCAACGGUCUGCUACAGCCGCUGGAGGUACAAGGCGAGGGGGUACCGCGCGAUGGGUGAAGGGAACAGUCUGGUGGCUGCAAGCCCUGAGGACAGCACGGUGCUGAGUGUGGGCGAGGGGUACCAGCAAGAGCCAGAGGGGCUGAUGGCGUGAGCACUUCCCCUUCCCUGCAGUUGCCAGGCUACACCUUGUGCCCCAAACCCGGCCAAAGUCCCCUGCCCACCCCCCUUUUCCAGAGGCAAAGCUACGCAGCACCAACAGCCCCCUGGCCUCACCCCCCCGGAGCCGAGGGUCCCUGUCCCCACAGAGGCCCCAGGCUCUCCCCUCCAUGGGGCAACACAUGCUCUCACCCUCCACCAGGCCCCCAAGCUCAGCCUUGAGCACCUGGGAGGCUCUGUGGCCCUUCAGAUAUCCCUCCCUAGCUGACCUCAGAGGCCAACUCCCAAGGUCAACCCACCACUGGGGCCCAUCACGAUGUCCCUCUGCCAGCCCCUGCACCUCCAUGGCUGCAUCCCCCUCCUCAAGCAGUGCUGGGCCUUUGCACCUUCAGAGAUAAGUGAGGUUUCCCUCCACUGCAAGCCAUGCCCCAGCUGUCCCCCCACCCCAAAACCAAAAAGAGGGGACCCAGGGCCCUUCAACAAGCUGCUGGGGACGCUGAGGUGCCCAAGGAGAAGGAAAUCUGAGCACAGACACCUUCUUCCCCCCUCAAAAAGCCAGGGGAAGCUGUGCAAACCCCUACCCUCCCCUGACACACAGGAACACCAGCAGGACUUGCACAUCCACGGUGGAGACUUGCUGCUUGUAAAAACAUUGGGUGGGGAUGCCUGCUGGGGCCCGAGGCCUGGGAAAAGAGGUCCCAGCCCUCUGAGCCCCCCAGCUACCACAGGCACGCAGGGCCAGCACAGAUGCCAUUAGCAAUGCUUCGCCUCAGGGGAAAGGAGGGAGCAGAGGGGCCCCGUGGGGACGCACCGAGUUAGCCACUGAUUUCUGCCCGCGGCAACCGAAGGGCAACCCCUGUCUCCAUGUAUAUCUAUCGGGAUAGAUAUACACACGCAUGCAGAGAGGCACGGAUCAGUUUUAUUUCAGCCAGCA